AUGAUGGUUAGGCUCACGCCGCUGCGCAUAUUGUGCGCCGCGCUGGUGCUUGCCGUCUUCUUCUUCACCUCGUUCCUGCCCGCCUUAUUGCACGCCCUCUUUCGCGGCAAGCGUGGCUACGACCUGCUUGUCGAGCGCCCGCCUCCCGUGCUGUCUGCGCCUGCGCCCAAGGUGCACUUUGGCCAUGAGUGCUCGCCCUUCAGCGCCGGCGUCAUGAACGAUGUGACGAUCGUCCUCAAGAUUGGCGCUGGCCAGGCGAAGACGCAGCUGCCCGUCUAUCUCAACCGGCUGGGCCGCUGCAAACAGGAUCUGCUCAUCUUCUCGGACCGCAAGGACCACUACAACGGCUUCGACAUCGCCGACGCCCUUGCCCACCUGCGCCCGGAGUAUAAGUUCAACAACCCCGACUUCGACAUCUACGACCGCAUACAGAACGACAACGUGACCGAGGAGACGUCGGACGAGGGCUGGCGGCUCGACAAGUACAAAUUCCUGCCCAUGAUGGAGUGGACCUCAUACAUGCGCCCCGAGUCGCAGUGGUUUGUCUUCAUCGAAUUCGACACGUACAUCAAUUACGACAAUCUCUAUCGCUUCUUGACCCACUUCAGCCCGCGCUCGGCGCAUUACUUUGGAUCGCCCGUCCUUGCCAAGAAGAGAGCCUCAUAUGCGCAUGGUGGCAGUGGCUACGUCCUCUCGCGCGGCGCGCUCGAGAAGAUUAUGGCGUUUGGCCGCAUGUUUGGCGAGAACAAGCAUUUCCCCGGCACUCAUUUCUUUGGGCAGGACGUCAAGAGCUAUCACUCUGGUGACGACGUGCUGGCACAGGUGCUCAAAAAGAGCGGCGUCCCGCUUCGCGGCUACUGGCCCAUGUUCAAUGGCGAGCCACCUAUGGGCAUACGUUACGGCCAGGAGCAAUGGUGCGAAGCCAUCAUCUCGCUGCAUCAUCUCCAAGACGACGACUUUACUAGUCUCCGGAAAUGGGAGGAGAGUAGGAAGCAUCCCGAACGACCGCUCACGUUUGAGGAGCUCUUCGACAUGGUAGAGCCUUACAUGGAGGACAAAGUCGUCGACUGGUCCAACAUGUCUCACGACGUCAUCUACAAAAAGGGCAGCACACACGCGAAGUCCUUUGACAAAUGCCACCGGGCGUGCGUGCAAGACGGCAGAUGCAUGCAAUUCGAACACAACGGCGAAGAAUGCCGGCUCCAACAUUCCAUCCGCCUGGGCCGCGCUCAAGAACCCGACGGUGAUAAGAAAUGGACAUCAGGCUGGAUGACAGCACGCAUAGCAGCUUUCAAGAAAGCUAAUUCACCGUGCCAGGGCGCACACUUUGUCCAUUCGCAUCCUUGA